CUCCCCGCUCUUUUUAAAUCUGCACUCCACCACUCUGAUUCAAGAAUUUCUUUCUGUUUGUUGUCAACUCAACGGGGCAUUAUAUUGUUUCCAAUACAUUCAAGCAUUCGUCAUCAGCGUCCACUUGUCAACUUUCCGGUCGUUGGAUCAUGAUUUCACUUCCUGAAUUUACCAAACAACCCACUCAAUACGUCAAUUUCAAAAAAUCAUCCGUCAUAUUUUAUUUUUUUCCCUUUUAAAAAACCUCUUCGGUCUUCAUUUUCGUUUUCGGCUCCGUAGUUUUCUUCCUUUGAUCUAUUUAGAGUCAGCUUCUUUGACCAACAAGAAGAAAAAAUAAAACAAAAUAAAAAUUUAGAAAAAAAAAAAAAAACCGCUUCACUUUCAUUGCCGUUGAAUAAUUGAAUUAAUCAGCUUCACACUCUCUGUUGCUUAGAUUUUUCCGAGUUGAAAUUCACAAGAAUCGCUUCGAUUUCAUUUUUAUAUUCUCACAAAGGAGCUCUUGGGUUCUCUCUCUCUCUCUCUCUCUCUCUUUUGUUGUUUGUGUUUGGCUCAUUGCAUUAGGGUUUCUUUUUUUUUUUUUUUCCUUUUGGGAAAUGAAGUCUUCGUUUGAUAAAUUUAAAAGAUUUGCGCUUCACAAGAACGAUGGCGAGGAUAAGUUACAUUUUUUAUCUUCGGCUCAUUUCGAUGAGCUCGCACAAGCAGCACAGGAGAUGCAAGACAUGAGAAAUUGCUAUGAUAGCUUACUUUCUGCGGCUGCAGCAACAGCUAACAGCGCAUAUGAAUUCUCAGAGUCACUGCAAGAAAUGGGCUCUUGUCUGCAAGAAAAAAUAGUGCUACCCAAUGAUGAAGAAAGCCGUAGAAUUCUGUUAAUGUUGGGGAACUUGCAGUUUGAACUCCAGAAACUUGUGGAUAACUAUCGAUCACAUAUAUUGCUGACAAUUACAAACCCAUCUGAGUCACUUCUCAAUGAGCUUAGGACUGUUGAGGACAUGAAGUGGCAGUGUGAUGAAAAAAGAAAUGUCUAUGAAAACAUUGUGACACAACAAAAAGAAAAAGGAAGGUCAAAAGGCAGAAAAGGCCAAACUUUCACUUUACAGCAGUUGCAAACAGCUCGUGAUGAAUAUGACGAUGUUGCAACUCAUUGUGUUUUCCGAUCGAAAUCUCUGAAGCAAGGGCAAUCCAGAAGUCUUCUAACACAAGCUGCUCGUCACUAUGCAGCUCAGUUGAAUUUCUUUAGGAAAGGACUUAAAUCACUUGAGGCAAUUGAGCCUCAUGUUAAGCAGGUUACAGAACAGCAACACAUUGAUUACCUGUUCUCUGGCCUUGAAGAUGAUGAUGGGGAAGAUGGUGAAAUUGCCUAUGAACCAAACGAAGAUGGUGAAUUAAGUUUUGACUAUAGAGCAAAUGACAAGGGGGUUGAUGUUACUUCUGCAUCAAGGAAUUCAAUGGAGGUAGAUGAAGUAAGUCUUUCAUUUCUCCAAACUUUGAAGAAGGAAAAUGCUGAGGUAAACCCAGAGAAAAGCCAUGGGAAUAGUCAGGUCUCGAGUAGGGAGCAUAGAGUGGGCAGCCAUUCAGCCCCCAUAUUUCCGGAAAGGAAGCUCGAUCCCGAUGAAAGAGUAAAACAGAUGCUGCAGUCAUCUACAGGGAGGUCUAGUACAUAUGUGCUCCCAACACCAAAUGAUUCAAAGUUUGCAGUCUCUUCAAGAACAAUUAGCCCAAUUACCCACACAAGACCAAAAAAUGUAGCUGGACGUGCACACAAUUUGUCACAUUCUUCCCCACUAGAGCAAAAGAAACAUGAGAAGGAUUCCGGUGGUGGUCAACUAUCAGUAUUUUCUCAUUUGCCAAUUUCUCAACCGUUAUCCCCUCCAAAAGGAUCCCCAAAUGCGUCACCUCGCCUUGUUUCUUCACCUAGAAUAAGCGAGCUACAUGAGCUUCCAAGGCCUCCUGGUAGUUCAGUUGCUAAGCCAGCAAAAUCUCCUGCCAUGGUUGGUCACUCUGCUCCACUAUUCUCAAGAAAUCAAGAGCUUUCUGCAAGUAAUAUUCCUUCACUGGAAACGAGUGGAGCAUCACCUCUUCCAACUCCACCUUUGAUUGUCCCUCGAAGUUUCUCUAUACCCUCUAGCAAUCAAAGAGCAAUGGCGAUUCAUGUUUCCAGGCUUUUGGAGGCUCCACAAGUUCCAGACAAGGAUGGGGAAGUUACAACCCCUCUGGUGACGCCCAUUUCCCUUGUAAACACCAAAAAAAUACCAGGUGUUUCUGAAGCGGCAUCUCAUUCUGGGCAAAUCAGAGGUGGGAGCUGACAAAUCUGAUUCAUUUCGGCGCGGUUGAACUUUUCGAGUCUGGAUGUCCAGAAAGUUGGGAGUUCUGUAAAUAUGGCAUUUAGCGAUCUAUUUAGUUUCUCAUCUUAAUCUUGAUUAGGCAUCCAAUUAUCGAGAACUAAACGGCACAAGAUUUGAGUCAAAUGUUAGAUAUCCCGUAUAUUCCUCUGUAACGUGAGGAAUUUUUGUAAAAUUUUUUCCUCUUUGAUUUGAUGUACGCUGCUGUGGAAGCAGCAAAAGUGAAAAAGGAAUUUGGCAUUUGCGUUAGUUAAGCCGCCAGUGCCACGACCACGAUGUCAAAAAGAAUUUUGCACCUCAAAGACUGUCCGACGUGCAAUUUCUCUUCAAGCAUAUGAUGCUACAAUAAUUAGUACAUUUAUAUUGGAUUGGAUUGCAUGAUCCACCAGCACCAAUCUGGAAACUACUUGUUUUCCUCUUCCGUAUGCAACUAAAUAUAUAAUUGGAAUUUAUAGAUGAUUAAAAUUGUAUAUUAUGGUUUAGUUUUUAAUAAUCAUAUUUUAAUCCAAUUCAAAAACUGGAUUGAAAUAUUGAAUUAAAUAAAUGAUUGGAUCAGGUCUAAUGGUUUAACCCCAUGUUAAGGCCAUUUAUGGAUUAAUAAAAAAAAGAAAUAGAAUGGUACUAGGAAUGAUGGUGAGAAUAUUGAUAUAAUAAACAAGUAAAUGUAGGAGUAUUUCUGGAGAACUGAAAUAUGGUGAAAAUUGGAUCAAUUAUGGCUUGACGUAUAUUU